UCUCUUCCUCAAAAAACAUCUGUCUCUCUUUUCAUUUUAUUUUCUCACUCUCUCUCUCGUUUAGAAAAAAAAAACUGACUUGGAAAUAUCAUUUGUAGCAAAAACCAAAAAGAAAAAGGCAAGAAAAAUAGAUAGAAUCGAAUAAAAAAGAAGCAAACACAUUGAGAGGUGUCCGGACAUCAAACUCUAAUUAGGGCAUAAAGUCUUGUCGGAGGAAGAAGCCAUGGGAAGAAAAAAAGUGGAGAUCAAGCGGAUCGAGAACAAGAGCAGUCGACAAGUUACUUUCUGCAAAAGACGCAAUGGUCUCAUUGAGAAAGCUAGACAGCUUUCUGUUCUCUGUGAGUCUUCCGUCGCUGUUCUCGUCGUCUCCGCCACAGGAAAACUUUACAACUCCUCCUCCGGCGACAACUUGUCCAAGAUCAUCGAUCGUUAUAAGAUACAACAAGCUGAUGACCUUCAAACCUUGGAUCUUGAGGAAAUAACUCGGAAUUAUCUUCCACAUAAGAAGUUACUUGAACUAGUCCAAAGCAACCUUGAAGAAGCGAAUGUCGAUGGUGUAAGUGUAGAUUCUCUAAAUUCGCUGGAGGAGCAACUCGAGACUGCUCUGUCCGUAACUAGAGCUACAAAGACAAAAUUAAUGAUGGAGUUUUUGAAGACUCGUAGAGAAAAGGAGAAGUUGCUGAUAGAAGAGAAUCUGGUUCUAGCUAGCAAGAUUUGGAAGCAGACGUUCCUAGUAACACGGGAUGAGACAUCAAUGUUACCGGAAUAUAGAUUCGGUAACAAUCCACCGGAGACUCUCUCGCUGCUCAAGUAACCAUCAUCAUCAACGGCUCUGAGUUUUCACCUUAACUCAAAGCCUGAUUCAGAAU